AUGUCGAAGAGAAUAAUGUGUGAAGUAUUCUGUACUGCUGAGGACUUAGGAAUGGACAUCUUUUAUAGCGAUACGGACAGUAUGCAUCUCUACAAUGAAGAUAUCCCUCGUUUAGCUGAAGAGUUUGAGAAACGUUAUGGAAGAGUUCUCAUUGGUAAAAACCUUGGUCAAUUUCAUAGCGACUUUGCAGAAAUCACAAAAGAUAAACAAAGUUUAGCAUACAAGUCAAUAUUUUGUGGAAAGAAGACUUACAUAGACUUACUCACGAAUGAUUUAAAUGAAGUUGCAUUUCACUGCAGAAUGAAAGGCGUGAAGCAAGAUGUUAUUGCUUUAACCGCUAAUGAAAUGUUUCCUGACUCUGUUCAGUGUUUCUAUGAUGAAGAUAAAGGUUUAAUGGUUCCGCAAGGAAAAUUUGACAAAGACUCUGAGUUCAGUGUUAUGAAGUUAUAUAAAGCACUUUAUGACGGUCAAGAGAUUGGAUUUGACUUAUGUAAGUCUUCUAGUCCUUGCUUUGCUGAAAAGUUUAACUUUUCUAUUCAGACUAAGACUUCAUUCAUAAGAAAGCUUAAGUUCUGA